AUGAUGGAUCCCAUGGACCCAAUGCCCAUGUGUAAGAUGUCCAUGACGCUCACCACAGACUACAAAAAUGUCUGUGUGCUUUCCUCGUCUUGGAUGAUCACCUCCGCGCAGUCAUUGGUCCUCUCUCUUAUUGCGGUGUUUGCCUUAUCGGCUGGAUAUGAGUUGCUCAAGAACUGGACCGCUCGCUGGGAGUCCCGCACAUAUAAACAGCCCUCGCUUUCCGGCAAGGCGCUGCAGAAUUACAAGGUCAAAAGCUCGGUUCUUUACGGUGUGUCUGUGCUAUAUUCGUUUAUGAUCAUGUUGAUAUUCAUGACGUUCAAUGUGUGGCUGAUGGCUGCGGUGGUACUCGGCAGCAUCGCUGGAAGAUACGUUUUCGGGUUCACAGACAAUGGAGCUGCUUUUCCUGGGUCGGUUGCGUGCCACUAG